CCCUUCUAAAACACGAUGCCGUUCAGGAUGCUAGUGGCACCACUGCCACUGCAUUUCCUGUUGGCAGCAGUGAGCAGUGAAAACAGAAGCGAAGCGGCAGCAGGCAGCGUCCCGGGCAGAAAUAGCUCCCGUGCGAUUCACUGGGGCCCUCCUGUGCGUCCCGAUCUGAUCUCGACUGCGCGGAGGCCACCGCGGGGGCUGGAAGCGCCUUCGCCCAGACCACACUCGCGGCAAAGCAGUGCGGAGGGAAGCGGCGCGAGCCACUCUGCGCCCGCCCGGGCGCCUCAGCGCCCCCUUGGGCUCGGGCUCCCUCCUGGGGGAAGGGUCGUGAUGCCAGGCCCCGCUCCCCUCCGCGUGGCCCGGGGGGCCCUGGGCGCCUGGCUGCUGGGCAGCCUCUGGGUCUGGACUCUGGGCGGCCUGCGCGGCCUGGGGGCGGCGGGCUUCCCGGGGUCGCCGCGCCCGUGCCAGGCGCCGCAGCAGUGGGAGGGCCGCCAGGUCCUGUACCAGCAGAGCACCGGGCGCAACAGCCGCGCCCUGCUCUCCUACGACGGGCUCAACCAGCGCGUGCGGGUGCUGGACGAGAGGAAGGCGCUGGUCCCCUGCAAGAGACUAUUUGAAUAUAUUUUGCUCUAUAAGGAUGGAGUGAUGUUUCAGAUUGAACAAGCCACCAAGCAGUGCUCAAAGAUCACCCUGACGGAACCCUGGGAUCCUCUUGACAUUCCUCUGAACUCCACCUUUGAAGACCAGUACUCCAUCGGGGGGCCCCAGGAGCAGAUCACCGUCCAGGAGUGGUCCGACAGAAAGUCAGCCAGAUCCUAUGAAACCUGGAUUGGCAUCUAUACGGUCAAGGACUGUUAUCCUGUCCAGGAAACCUUUACCAAGAAUUACAGUGUGAUAUUGUCCAUGCGGUUUUUUGACAUACAGCUGGGCAUUAAAGACCCCUCGGUGUUCACCCCUCCAAGCACGUGCCAGACGGCCCAGGCGGAGAGGAUGAGCGGGGACUGCUCCUGGUAGCCUGCAAAGGCAGAAGUGACAGCAACCAUGUCAGCCGCCUGUGGCCCCAGCUGGAGACUGACUUGAGUCUGUUUGGGGUGAGAAUCUUCAUUGGAGAUAAAUAUAAUCUUAGGAAGAUAUACAUUGCUGUGGAUGGUUUUUUUUUUUUUUUUGUAUGUUGAGUUUUGACUACUCAAGCCAUGUUUCCAGAAGAGAAUUGAAUGGAGAGGAUUUGUGAGCUGACUGGAUGGCUAAUGUGGACACUUCGGGUACUGCCGAUGCCUGUUUGGGUCUGGGCUUCCUGUGUGUGCAGGUGUGUGCGCAGUGCAGAGCCAUACAAAGAGGGGCGGGGGCCAGUGGGAGCAGUUUGCCUUGGCCAAGGAGGAGUAUUUUAUUGCUGCCCUCGUUCAGAAUGGGCCAUGAUAAGAAAUAGAACGAUUUUGGCCAGUUUUGUUAGUAAUUCUUAAGUUUUCUGCAGAGAAGUCCCCCUUCACUGCUGCACCAGAGUGCCAGGCUGCUCCCUGACCCCACCGACCCUGCCCUGCACUUCCUUGGCCACCAAUAAAAUGAUCCCUUAAAAUUCCUUCCAGACUUAAGAGUUUUAUGACAUAACCCAACAGAUAUGAGUAUUUUUGGAAGACUAUAAUAUACUAAAUAAUUAUUCCUAUAAAGAGACAUUUUAAGCAAGAGAGUUUGAAAAAUCCUAACGUCUACACCUGGUUAAGCGUGAGCCACAAAUGCUUCCUUUUUUCUAUGCAAGAGUUUUGAUAUAUGUGCUGAGUCUUCACAUCUUUGUCAAUUGACAGGCAGUGUUCUAUGUAAAAUAGCACUGACUUGGGAGUCAGGAGACUAUAGUCUCCUAAGUCCAGGACUAGAAUUCCCUUGGGCUCUAACUCAUUAGGUUAUUAAAUGCACUAGGUUUGCCCUCACCUUGGCCUUCCUGGGACACUGUUCACAACCUCUAUGCCUGUCUGACUUCUGCUCCUCCUUCCCAGGUCACUCACAAGGCUGCUCCCAAGCCUGGAUGAGUUGCACCCUGCAGCUCGAGCAUGCAUUUCUCACAAUACUUACUAUGCUGUGUGACAAUUUCCUGCUUCCUGGAUACUUUCAUCCGCUACCCUAGCUGUAAGCUUUCUGAGUACGGGUACUGUGCACUGUUUACUUUUAUAUACCUAGCACCAAGCAAGUGCCUGGCACAUGUUCAGUGCCCUAAACAUCUGUAGAGUGGAGAAGGCUAGCCUCUCUCUGGCCCUUAAUUUCCUCAUCUGUUAAAUGGGGUUGAGUUUGUUGAUCGCUAGGGAGACUUCCACUAAUAAAAUUUUUUAUCUUAGAUUCCUCUACUAUUGUGUUUCAUCUGACCAUCUAUCUUCUUUAGUUACCGAGAGAAAUGUGUGACAUCUCUAGUAUGCUGAAAACAAUCUGUAUUACUCAAGUUUAUCUGUAUUUCAAUAAGCAAAUUUAAUGCAUUUGAAAGCAUUCUUUGUUAUAUUUGCUUUUAUAAUAAAUAUGGAUAAUCUUGGUUAGAAGGGAUUAAAACCUCUCUCUUAACACAUAAAUAAAGUGCUUUCUGUUAUUAAAACCCAAUUUUUUUGUCUUCCCUCAAAAAUCUGCUUUUCCUCUUCCCUUCUUUAGAGUGCAGUUCCCAGGUGCCUGGCUCGGAAGUUUCUGAGUCAUUCUUGACUCAUCAGUCUCCUUUAGUCCCUACCUCAGUCAGUAUCCCAAGUCCCAUCAAAGUAGUUGUUAAAGAGGCAGUACCUCUUGUCCUUUCUCUCAGUCACCACUCAGCUCUGGGCUGUUAACGUUGUUGGCCUUUGCAGGAUCUUCACACCCUCCUUCACCUUCACACCUGUGAAUGAAUGAAGCCAUCCCCUGUAUGAAUGAAGCCAUCCCAUGUCCAUUCAUUCAUUCAUUCGGUCAGUCAGUUCACAAGCUGGUACUGAGCACCUGCUCCCUGCAGGGCCCAUGCAGGUUCCUGGAGUCCCAGAGGAGGGUGAGCCCACCCAAGGCUGGCAUCUGGCAUGCAUAGACCAGGAAGAGCUUCAUAGCUGUGUUCGGGUGGCCUAGCCUGCUAAAGCUCUUGUGACAGUGUUUGUCCCACUUGCUGUCCCUCCACCCCUAGAAUGGCCCCUCUCCUUUCCAAGCUGAAGAGCUCCCCUUAUCCCUGGGACUUUGUCUUUGCCCAUGCCUGGCCACCACAUCCCCACUCACAGAAAUGAAUAAAAAUAAAAAUGCAAAAGGAUUUCACAUCUGGUGGGGACGCUCUAUGGAUCUGAGGGUGUCGUGUCCCCGUGACUCUCCUCUGUCUAAAAGUACAGUGGAGACUCCUUAGCUUGGUGCACAGGCCCUUUUUGAUCAGGCCCUGAGUCUUUCCAGCCUCACCACUGGACACAGCUUUUUCCUUCCCUGACUGUCUCAGGAGCUUGAGAAGUAAUGGCUGGUUACCCCUAGGGGGCAGGAGGGCUUUCUUAGUCAGUUUUUUUGGUGUAAAAAUUUUCUAGUGGGCAUCAGAGUCAAAAUGAAGAGGGCCAUGAAACAGGGCAGGGACUUGCAAUGAAGGAGAGCAUCUGAGUGUUACUUAUCUGCAGCCUGACAAUGGCAUCAUGGACAACGGGCAUGGACCAGGGUUGGGUACCACGUUGUGGAUAUCCUGCCUCACACAUCCCUGGCCCUUUAUGCUACAUUGGAACAAUUUAUUUCCACCUCUCCAGAGGCAGCCUGGACACUUCCAAAUUGUCGGGAUCCAUGGGAGUGCUGAGGUGUGCUCAACCCUGUACCUCCUUCAACUCCGCCGGCUGAAGGAGGCCUGGCCCUCGGAUGCAGCCAUCACUCCCUCUCCCAGUGGCCGAUGGGGAAUCAAGGCAGCCUGGCCUUUCUGCUCACAAUUGCUCUGUUAUCAGUGGGCCUUUCUUACUAGAAGUUUUGCUAAUAAACAUUUCUAAAAUUGGGAGACAUUUAAAAAUAUUUUUAAUAUUUAAUGAAGCCUAGAGAGUUUAGGACUUUGGGGAAAUUUUCCAUGAAAUUCCUAUGAAAUAUAAUUCCCCACCAAGCUAAGUCCUGCAUCAUUUGAAAACUCAAUACUCACCUCUUAUUGGAUUUCCUCCACUAACUCCAUGCUUUGAAUGUUCCCUCUGUUAUUUUAAAUCUUUUUGAAUAUGUAUUCACCUGUACCACACAAAGGUGUUUUUCAAAUAUAUAGACCUUAACUUCCUCCAUCUAAAGAAAGCACCUCAAAUGCAGGAAUUAUAUCCUUGUCAUUCUUGUUGAGUCAAAAUGACUUGAUAAUUUAAGUUAUAUGACAGAAUGAGCCUCCCCAGCCAAACACUUGGGAAUAAUUUAUGAGAUUUAAAGGCUUUGUAGGUAAAAAGACAAGUUUAGCUUUAUUUAUAGAUAUUAUAAGAUCAAUAAAUAUCUCUUUUAAGAACUAUACUAGGAUAGUACCAAUAUAAAUAUAUUUUUAUUUAUUUUAAAGCAGAAUUAUUAGCUCAUCUACAUGUGUAGAAAAAAUACUGGGCCUCUAUUUUGUUGUAUAUUUUAUUCAAGUAGAGUGAAUACUUACUUUUAUGAUAUCCCAAUUUUUAAAUUCAUGUUGUUUUCAUUAGAGCAGAAACUAACACUUAUUUUCAGUGCCUAUUUCAUAUUUAAAGUUGGAAAAUGUAAUGUAGCCCCGGAAAUCAAGGAGUGACCUAUAAUUAUCCUAUAAUUUAGGAAUUAUUUGCAGUAAAUACAACAUACACAGUAUUUAAGUAAUCUGAGUAUAUGUAUGUGUGUGCUAUGCUGUGAUUGCAGUUUUAUGAUUCCCAGUGACAUAUUGUAUAUUUAUUUGACCUAAAGUUGUUCAAAUCAUAUAGCUUAAGUGGCCUUUUCCUCCAUCAAUUUAAUACUUGAUGGCAAAAUAGGUCCUCUUCUUACUUAAACAUGAAUACUAGCAUUGUAAUUUUUAGUUAUGCUCUACAGUUUUAAUAAAGAAAAUUAUUAAAACAAACAAUAAAUAAAAGCAUUAUCUGUUUUUGUGUGAAAUAGUUUUUCAGACCUAAAGUGUGUCACUUAAUAACCUCUUGCUAUAGCUGAGUCAUCCUGGAGGAAGGUGGCUAUUGGGAAAACACGGGUCUUAGCUUCCCAACCAAGAUACACCAUCCUAAACUACUGGAAAGUUCUCAGUUAACUAAAUACACAAAUCUGUUGAACAGUGCACUUAGGGCUAUACAUGCGGGUAAUUAAAUGUGUAUCAUAUAAAUUUAGGGUC